AUGGCUGCUCGGAUGACGAACAUAGAGGGGCGAAUGAAGGAGAGUGAUGACAAGUUCAUCUCCAUAACUACCAUAUGGCAAGGGAUACAGAAAGAUAACUCAGAUGUUCAUAAGAAAUUGGAGGAGCUGACUUUGAAGAACACUGAUAUCACCAGUCAUUUAACCCAACUGUAUAAUGCGGUCAAUGACAUGCAAACCAAAAGCGGAGGAAGCAUUCCCUCCAAUAUAGUGAUCAAUCGAAAGGGCUUUAAUGCCAUAACUCUAAGAAGUGGUAAAAAGGUUCACUUUGAAAUUAAGAAAGUGGACAAAGAUGAUUUUGAACAAGGGGUAGAGAGUUCUCCACUUUCCCUAAUGAGGCUUGGCAAGUUUGGGAGCUCCAUAGAAGAAGAGCUCAUGAUGAAGGCAAGAGCACAAAUUGAACCAGAAGAGAAGUUAACUCAAGUACAAGAAGAAGUACCUCAAGAAGCUGUGCCAGAAGAUGAAAGCACUAUAGAGAGCUUGGCUUACAAAGGAAAGCAAAAGGAGGACAAGGCAGAAACUAGCACACAAGGAGUCUCUAAGCCUUCAGGUAAGGAGGUAUGUGCUAAAGACCUCUCUUUUCCUAAAGCCUAUUUCUCUGGUAAGAAAAAGUUUGAUGUUGAGUUUGCUACUAAUGCUUACACAUUGUUUAACAAGCUGGAAAUUAAUGUGCCCAUAAUUCAGUCCUUAAGAGGGAAUCCUAAAUACUUUGAAUUACUAAAGGAACUAUGUAAUAACAAGCAAAGGUUUAGGCCCCUUGAGAGAAUUCAAGUGGGUAGUAAUGUGUCAUCCUUAUUUAAGGCCAAACUACCUAUUAAGUUCCAAGAUCUUGGAUCUUACACAAUCCCCUGUACCAUAGGAAAGGUUCACAUCAAGGGAGAGUUGUUAGAUUUAGGAGCUGCUAUAAAUGUCAUGCCUUGGUCGGUUUAUUUGGCAUUAGGGAUUAAUGGGAUUAAAGGCACAAGUGUAGUGCUCCAACUAGUAGAUCGGUCUAUUAGGUAUCCUAAGGGCAUAAUCGAGGACAUUCUAGUUCAAGUCAAGGACCUAGUAUUCCCUACUAAUUUCUAUGUUUUAGAUAUGUCGAAUGAACUUGCAAAUGAGAGCACUUUGAUUUUGGGAAGACAUUUCCUACAAACCUCUAAGACUAUCAUAAGCAUGAAACAUAGCUCUGUUGAGCAAGCAAGGGAUGAACAUGAGCUGUAUAUGUAUGAUAGUUAUGACACGAGUUCACCUAAAUUGAUUGGUUCUUCUGCUGCACCAUCACAUGAAUCCUAUGAGCUUAACUCAUCUUUGAGUGCUUAUGAUGAAUACUUCAAUUCCCUCUCUUCUGUUUAUUCAUUUUCUAGUUCUUGUGGGAAUGAGGUAUGGAGGUAA